UUACGUCGUGGUGUUGCUCAACUGCGCUCGCUGGGGAAGUUCCAAGAUGGAGGAUUUCAAAUAUUUACAUGAUUUAAGUAUGGAGUCGCGGUCUUCUUACAUGUGAAUGGCUGUAAACGCAAAGUAGCGUCAUGGCGAAUGCUAACAGUGGCGCAGCAGCUGGUGCCAUUAAGUCACAAAGUGGGAUUAGGUCAGCUAAGGCAGAAAGACCUCAUCGCGGGGAUCAUGUUAUCAACAAUGAACCCUCCUCAUCGACAACCAUUUGGUUUGUACUUCUUGUUGACAAGGAGACCCCGGCCAAAAACCCAAGCUCAAUACUCAAUCAACGUAAUGCCCCCCAAACCAAGAAGGUGCUACGAGGAUCACUCUUGACUGGUUUUGAAUUUCCUCAAAGUCAAAGUAGAGGCCCCCGCCAUUACAUUGUCUCGCAACUAAGUGAUGAUGUGCAGUUUGAUUGUAAAAGCUCUGAAGUAGAUAGAGUGUCGUUUUCCGAGAUGAACUUGCUCAGAGCCCUGUCGACAGACUCGCAGCGUUACAUUGUCCAUUCAGACAAAAGCUUACUCACAUACGCACUGAGUUUAAAGGAAGGAAACUCAGUUCGAGUGAAGUUACACCAAGAACAACUUAAAGGUGUCGUACGUUAUAUUGGCAGUAUGCCUGGAGGUGACACAGGAACUAUUUUUGGUAUUGAAUUAGAUCAUGAACACAGAGGUAAAGGAACCUCGGAUGGGGAAUUUAAUAAAAAGCAGUUAUUCAACACCUUCCCAGACACGGCACUCUUUGUAAGUGUGCAUAAGCUGAUCCCCCCUGAAAGACUCGACUCUGUGCCAUGUGGAGAAGAACAAACUUAUAAACUGAAAUCUACAUAUCAGCCCCAUGAACUGAGACAUUUUGGCGAGUUCCGUCAAGGAAUGACUGUUUUUUGUUGCGUGGGUAGUCGUUACAUAGAGGGUACAAUUGUCUCUAUAACGAUGCAACCCCACGAGAAAGAACCUGUCUUUGCUGUCGAAAUGUCUGGCACUGAUGGGAAUGAACCAGGCUACCCCCAACAGUAUGGCAUCAAACCCAAACCCAACAUCAAAUUUGUCCCAGCUCAGGACAUCAUCCCACAAGGGCUUGUGGAGAAUCAGUGGGAAGAGGAGGCAUCAACGGAGCAUCAUCUAGUGAAAAGUAAGCACAAGGGAAAGAAAUCUUCAGAGCCAUUCUUUAUUGUCAACAAGCAGAAGAAGGUGUCUCCUCUUUCAAGUGCUGAGAGGUUGAACAAGACCAACAAGCCGCCUGGAGGAAAGAGAGAUAUGAGCGAUGAUUUAUAUCCAACAAAUCGACAUGAAGUACGGGACGAUUCACUGAUAACCUCCAACUAUAGUGAGCAAAGCAAAAAUAAAUCCAGCCUGGUCGGCAAGAUCAAGGGGAAAUUCAGCAGCAAAUCAGAUUCAGAGCCCUUGGCCAGCAAGUCAGCACAGUGGUAUGGUGAUCCCGAACAAGCCAAAGAAAGUCUGUCUGACAAAGGAAACAUGGACGAUAACAUGAUGAAGGAAGUGACCAAUGCAAUCUACCGAGAUUGGAGAACAAUUGCAUUCAACCUGUACCUGAGCAAAGAAGAUCUGGAACACAUUGACAGAAAGUGUCACUCUGAGAAAGACAGGACGGAGCAAAUGCUGAGAAUGUGGCUGAAACAAAAGACCGGAUUUGACAAGAUUUCAAAGCUUGCUAAUGCCUGCAGGACAUGCAGUUUACACGACUUGGCAAAUGAACUUGAGCAAGGAUUGAACGAGGAGCUUUUGAUGACGAUAUCCGGGGAGAUCACUGAGGGGAAAUGCAGGCCUUUAGGCUUCAAUUUAAACUUCUCUGAUUCGGAAUUGGAUUGGAUGGAGACUAAUGAACCCAACCUCUUACCUCGGGUACGCAUGAUGCUGGGAACCUGGAGAAUGGCACAGUCAUACAACUCUGACAAAAUCACAUUGCUGAGCCGAGCACUUCAUAAUUGUGGAUUAAGACGACUGGAACUCAAAGUAACCAGAGGACUUGAUGAUGAUAUCGUGUCCUCCUUUGCUGUAAGAAUUGACACCGCUUGGAAGGUACUUGGCCAGAAUCUUGGACUGUCUCUAGGUGAUAUUCAUCAAUUAGAGAAGUUCCCAAGGGAGAAACAACCGUACCAGAUGCUUCUGUUAUGGAGGAAGAGACAGCACAGGAACGUUGAUGUUCUUGGAGCUUUGUAUGAAGGAUUGAAGAAGACUGGACUGCCAGAUCUUGCCAGUGAUCUGGUCCAAGGAGUGACUGAUGAAAUGCUGGACAGAAUUGCAAUCUCAGUCGGGGAGAGAUGGAAACUCCUAGGAGAAUUCUUGGGUUUCAGCGAUGCGGAGCUCAAAGAAAUUUCCUUAGGAAGUAACAAUGGUCUCAGAAUGCUGAAACUAUGGAGGGAGCUUCAUGAUUAUAGUUCUGAUAGGAUGACAAAGCUGCUAAAAGCACUCGAUGAAUGUGGCUUGGGCAAGAUUGCAAAUAUGUACCGGAAACUGGAGGAGUCUCACUCUCUGGAGCAAAAGUGGAGCUUGAGUGACGUGAGUGAUGACCAACAUAUAUACAAAGAGCUCAGACCUAAAGCCUAUAACCUGGUGUCCAACGAAUAUCUCCUGAAAGUAUCGAGAAAGGUAGACUUUCAAGACAUUGUGAGGGCUUUAGAUGUAUCUACUGUUGACGCUAUAGAGAUUGAAAAUCUGAAAUCAACAAAUCAGCAGAGGGUUUUUGAGGUGCUUGAUCGCUGGAGGCGUUGUGGAUCCAAAGGCCAGCGAGGUUUGGGUGAAUUAUAUCAAGUAAUAGCACUCAUAGGAGGCAAGACGCACCUAGUGGAUGAUAUCAUGAAGAUUGAAGAGGCAGUUUCCAACAAUGCAGUAGACAUCAAACCUGUCACCAAAGAACUCUCCCUUGAAGCAGGCUACCACUCGAUUGACGAUGUCUCUGCAACCGAGGUCGUAUCGUACCCCGACCUAGAGGUCAAUUCCAUGGUAGAGGUCACGCACAAUACCAAGUCCUAUGGAGUAAUCCGAUGGAUCGGGAUCCCUGAUGGAUCUAAGAGUGUCAGCUUAGUCGCUGGAAUUGAACUUGAGACUCCGUUGACGAAUGGCGGUACGGAUGGAACCUUUAACAAGCAGCGUUACUUUCAGUGUGAGCCUCACAAAGCCCUCUUUGUUCAUCUCUCACGAUGUAGGCCGGAUUCACGUUUCCCAUCUCUGUCCCAGACCUUCAAAGUGGCCAAGCGUCAAACAAGCCAAGAUUUUGGCGGGUUCUCCUCACCGGAAGUGCCAGGUUACAUUGACCCGCCUCCUAGUUUAAGGAGGGAGUUUGUGGGAAUGCAGAAGGGAAUACAGGGAGAUCAGAACUCCUGCUACCUGGACACCACGCUCUUCAGUAUGUUUGCCUACAAUACUGUGUUUGAUCCACUCUUGAAGCGUACGGCAGGGCAGAGUGAUCUUCCAUUGUAUGCUGAUGUACAGAAGAUACUUAGAGAGAGCAUUGUUAACCCACUCAGACAGAAUGGUUUUGUGAGAGCGGAUCGAGUGCUUCAGCUAAGAGAACAUUUAGACAAUCUUGGCACCACUAAAGGUUUGAUGGAUCAAGAGAAAGACCCUGAAGAAUUCCUGCAUACACUGCUCUCCGAAGUAUUCAAGUCCAAACCGCUGCUAAACAUUAGACAUGGGGUGAGCAAAGAAGUAGAUCACUCCAACAUUUACCAAAUCUUCACGGAUAAAGAUGAAUCUUUUGGAGUGCCAACAGUGGAGCAACUUCUUCUGCAGUCAUUUCAGGACAACGACCUCAAGCUCACCGAAGUUCCAUCUUGUCUCAUCGUACAGAUGCCUCGAUUUGGCAAAGAAUACAAAAUGUACAAACGUAUUGUGCCCUCUCUUCAACUGGAUAUCACAAACAUUCUAGAAGAACAACCUAGGCAGUGUAUGGUGUGUGGAAAUCUUGCUGUGUACGAAUGUAAACCAUGUAAAUCCAGCGAUCGUUUAUCUGAAAGUGUACACAUCAAUAAUUACUGUGCGGAUUGCUUCGCCACGACGCACAGCACAAAACGAUCUGACCACAAGCCCACAGAUCUCUUCACACCAGACGCUUUCUUGAAAGAUUUUUACGCUGUCACAAUGGAAAAAGGUUACGAUGAGGCAUCAGUGGACCAGCAUCGCCAGCUGAUGCUCAAACCUAAACUCAUGGAUUUAUUUGCCGUCAUUUGUAUCAGGACAAGUCACUACGUCUCGUUUGUCAAAGCAGGGAGAGAGAGUGAAUCUGAAUGGGUGUUCUUCGACAGUAUGGCAGACAGACAAGGUGAUCAACAGGGCUACAACAUCCCACAAAUAACACACCUGAAAGAUUUACGGAGCUGGGUUGACCCAAAGAACGUUGAAUCUUCUGAGAAGAAACAACUGCCUGAACUUAUGACCCGACUUCUUGGAGAUGCAUAUAUUUGUAUGUACUCCAACACAGAGGAAAGAAAACUCACGUAUGUAUAGUAUUUGGACUGUAAUGAGUUAAGUGUGGACCACUAUGUGUCGUCUAGCUUUGCAGAUUCGAGUCUAGGAGCGGAAGGCUAAAAUCUCGAAGAAAACUCACAGUUAUGCUGUUGAGAGUCGGAGGUUUAACAAACUCCCACUUGGUUGCUUGAGGCCGGGCUGAACCGGACAUGGCCUGGGUGACGGAAACCUCCCAUUACCAUCUUAUGUGGAUUUUAAAGGAAACCUGCCUUGGUCUACGUGAAGGGCGGAGUUUUAAACCAUGGUCCACAUGUGAAGGGUGGAGUCAGGUGGAUGGAAUCGACCAUGGUCUAUGUUCAGGGCAGAGUUUUGAAGGAAAACUGCCUUGGUCAACAUGUGAAGGGCGGCGAUUUUUUGCAGGAAACCGACCAUGGUCAACAAGUGAAGGGCAAGGAUGGAAACCUACCAUGGUCUAUGUGUAGAGCGGAGUUUUGCAGGAAACCUAUAAUGAUCAAUGUGGGUUGGAUGGAGUCUUGGAAACAAUUAAUGGUCACCAUGCGUAGGGUAACAGCGAAAGGCAGAGUCUGUCUUGAAAGGAAUAUUACAAUAAUCUAUAUGUAAAACAGGGCCAAGUAUUGCAAGAAACCUACAACGAUCAUUUUGACUUUUGUUAUUGAAAAUUCCAUCUAAAGACGGAGGCAGUCUACACAGAUUCCUAUCGGAUCCAAAAUACCAAUGAAUUUGGGCGGCUCCAGUGAAAGAUACUACGGGCUAAAUUGUCAGUCACUGCAUGUGGAAUAAAUUCAAAGUUAAAACUCUUAAAACAAGUCAUAAAAAUUGAUAGAAAGUGUUAUCAUUUAUUAAUCUCAAUUAAUACAUAAAGCCCAUAAAAAAUGUAAUGUGAGAAAACACCACUUCAUAGGACCUUUAAGAAUUUAGAUCUCAUGGAAACGAUUUUGGAAUCAUGCUAAAAACUUUACAAUACAUACAUUAUAUGUACAUUAACUUCCAGAAAGCAUUGCUGUACAUAGUGUUAUAGAACCAAUGAUGUAGCUAGGUCUGGUGACCUGGUCCACUUUCUCAAGAUCUUUUUUUGUGGCCUGGGUCUUGGUUUUAGAAGAGGUGGCAGGCCUGAUACUUCACAGAGGCAAGGAUGGCGAUUGCCUUCAUGCCGCCUCUGGUCAUUGCCUUGGUGCCCUUGAAGUGCUCAAGUAGAAGUUCACUCAUAGUGUGCCCUUUACAAAGGAGAAAAUGUUCUGAUGCCAUUGCCCUCUUGGACUUCAAGGUGUUUAUACUACAAUAGAAAAACCAAACCUACAAACUUGGAGGACAAAAUUGCUUAGGUUUGGGAUGACGUAUUCUUGCUCUGUUCAACAACAAAUUGAUGACAUGUAUAUAUUCUAUGCUAUAUGACAGGAUUAUCUCUUUGCAUAAACAUUAACAAAAGAAAACAAAUUGAUUAUCACAAGAGAAGAAGGAACUGUAUUCAAUUGUAUCGAAAUUGUACUGGAUAUGACCUAUGAUGUAUAUGGACGUUUUGUGCAUUACUUGAUGUAUUAUGACCUGAGAUAUAUGGCCUUCUUGUGGGUUGACCUUAAAACAUGGAUGCGUAGCCUAGGCAUUCUGUUGGAUUUGAUGCAUUGAAAUAGAGCUUCUGGUAUCUGUGCGUAUUUGUUCCGAGGCGUUAAAGCUGUAUGGCAAAUUUCAGUUUCUCCAACAUUUGUCCAAUGGUUGAUUUGGAUAAUCUUGCCCUGUCACAUGGCUACUCUAUGUCUACGGCUGACAUAGAGGGCAUGCACACCAGACACUGACGACAAGUAGCCUUUCCCAUGAAGGUUCGUUUGAGCUUGACAUUCUUUGUGUUCUAUUGAUAUAAUCUCAAGUAAUGACCUCACCAUGUCGAUGUAACCUCACUACCAGUGAACUGUACACAAAUUAAUUUCUAAUCGAGCGUACAUAUAAUGUAGAUUCUUUUCAUGAUUAGCGCAAAGUAUUUAUGAAAUAACUUCACUUUUUAUAUGAAAGCAAAGGAAUGGAUUGUUAAUUUAUUGUUAAUAAUGUUAUACAUGUAUAUUAGCGCAUGACGGAACUAAAUAUCAAUGCACGCUGCAAACAAACCACGUGAAAUAGUAAAUACACUCUACAUUGUACAAUAAUAAAAAAUACGUGAAUGAUAGCUAAAACUCUUUGGAAUGUUAUUGGUGGAGUUUGAUUAAGUUCCACCCUUCCCUUACUUGAUGUUCUAUUCAAAAGUCAUUCAGACACAAAGUACAUGUACAUGUACUUUUUAAUAACAAAGAAUGGAGUAAGUCAAUAUGGUUGAUGACUGUGAACGUUAUUGGUUGAUUUAAAUACACAUACUUUAGUUUUUAUUCAGAACUUACACAGAGCUGUAAUGUCAAAUGGUCAGAGAUGUCACUAGACUUUAAAACCACUGUAUUUUUUAAAGAAGUUUCCUCUUUUUUUAUUACCAGCAUUAGACUGUUUUGGGUUUAGAUUUGAAACAAUUUCCGAAUCACAUUUUUGAAACAUGUACAAAACUGCAGGCAUAAUUUGUCAGUUUAGACUUUGCAUCAAUCAUAGAAGCUACUUAUUUCUGCGCUAAGUUUUGGUGAAAACUGUGAACGAACACAAUACCCAAAUAAAAAUAUUGCCUUGCAUGGCGUUUUUUUAAAAAGCAGAUUAAAACAUUACAACAUUGUUGUGUAAAAGACUUAUCCCCUUUUUUAAAAUUCUAGUCACCAUUCUUUCAAAAUUUUCAGUGAUUUGAGUUUACGGAAACAUGUUUUCUCAGUACCAGAAGAUUUGAAUCAAUAUAAGUCUUCAAAACAGUUAUAAUUAUAAAUAUUUUACAAAGUCAAACAAGAGAUUUUAUUUUGAUAAUUUUUGAAUUUUAAGGUUUGACCAUUAGUCUAGGUAACUAACAGCAGAGAUGAGAAAUUGUACAGUUAUUAUAUAAUUGCCAAUAAACAUACCCCGAUUUAUGUAUAUGCAUUUUCAAUUGUUGAAUUGUAUUGUCCAAGGACUGUUGAACAAAGCUUUAAAAUAAAACGAUGGGAUGUCAAAUAGUUACUAA